AGAUCAAGGAUGCACAAUUAAAACGAAGGCAGUCUUCAAGACUCUGCUGAGCAAAGGAAGAGCCAUGGCAACAGCAAAGUGCAUCCCUGAUUAUCCUCACCUAAGAAGCAGAAGGAGGCAUGAUAUCCAGGAGAUGCUGACAGAAGUGGGACUGUCUGUUGACUAUUGGCUGCCUAAGCUUCAGGAAGACCUAGGUGUGACCUCUGCCCAGGCUUUACAAUAUUUAGACAAAAGAGACCUGCAGAAGCUGAAGUCCCAGGUAAAACACACAUGGGAGAAAAAGGCUCUGGAGAAGCUGUUUGACCUCUCACAGCCAACUAGUGUUGCAGAGCUGCAGGAGACUCCAGAGGAGAUGAUAAAGAACAGGCAGAGGCAGGCAGGACAGGCACUGCAGGAUCUGAAAGCCUUCCAGUCAGAAGGGAAGCACAGAGAAGAAGAGGCAGUGAGGAGAAAAGAAGCAGAGCUGAGGCAAGCACUGGAAAUCCCAGAGGAGUGCUGGCCAGUGCCUGAAGUGCCCCUAAAAGACAUCACUGAAAUAAUGGAGAGACAUCUCAGUCACAUGGAACAGACCCUGGCUCACAGUCAAAACCUCUCAGAUAGAGACCUGAUAAGAUGGGCAUCUGGAGGGCUGGCCCUGCAGGGAAUUUAUAAGACCAGCCACCAAAGAAGCCUAAUUCAGAAGAAAGAAGAGCUACUCAGUGUCUCUAAGCAGUUCUCACUUGUUGGCCCAGAACAAGGCACAUGGAUAGAAACAAAGGAAUUUUCAUCUUUUCAAGAACAAGCCAUGUUUACACAGACUAUAGAGAUGCUGGGUUUCAGUUCAAACUCCUUGGUUAAAGGCAAAGGUUGGGGACUUAGUCUAGAAGCUGGUAUGGAUCAAAACAAACAGACAGAAUCUGAGGAUACCCAUCAGUCAUCUUCAGAGCAAUCAUAUUACUGUUCAGCCAAGUUCAGGUACAUCCCAUUGGCCACCUGCCAUUUUCACAUCAAUCAUCUUCAGCUCUCCAAGGCUGCUCUCCAGGAACUAAAAAGUAUUGAAGAACUCCUGGAGCAGACUACACACCCAGAUGGAUUCCUUUUACUGAGACACAGGACUGAAAACUUUUUCCACAGGUUUGGCUCUCAUGCUAACCAAGGCCCACUUCACCUUGGGGGAAUCUACUGUUGGAAAGCCAUUUCAGAAGGUUUCAGCAGUGAGCAAUUAGCUGAUGUAAAGCAGCAAGCAGAAAAGUCUUUGAAUAUUUACAUAAGGGGCAGCUAUAGUGGCUUUGGAGUUAAAGUUGGUGCAAAUGUAAAUAUGAAAGACUCACAUUCAAAAACAGCAGCUGACAGUACAAAUCAUCAAAACUUACAAACCAAGGUGCAACUAUCUGUAGCCCAGACAGGUGGACCAGCAGAAGCAGAUGGAAUCACCCAGUGGACAGCUGGUCUUGUAGCUAGCAAUAAAACCUGGUCUGUCAUUGAUAGGAGACUCCAGUUGGUACCUAUUUGGGACAUCAUCUUGUCUAGUCACAGAACUGAUUUUAAGGACGCCCUUCAAGUGGCUAAAUGCCUAAAAGACAACUACACUGCUCUGACUGGAGUCGCUGCCCAGAUUCAAGAAGGAGAAGAAUUUCUUACUGCUAGAAAAGAAGCUAAGCUUUUCCUAGAGGAUGUGAAAUGCUGGGAGGUUUCAGAUCCCGAAGAACAGCUUAGUAAGUUAAUAGAUUUUAUGCAAACAUUGAGUCAAAAAAUAAAAAGUUACAACAUUUGGGUUAAUACAUGUCUCACAGAUUGGGAUCUGCAGAAUUUUCUAAUAAACACUGUCAACUUCUGCAAAAAUUCACCCACUUACAAAACUCACUUUAUUAAAUCUCAGUUGUGCAGCCUUCUAGAACCUCAUGUCUACAAAGUGACAAACUUUCCUCAGGCGCAAUCCAUCAUACAGUGGAUCAAUCAGUCAGAGUCAGAGGAAGAGCAAGUCGAAAUCACCUCAUUUUCUGAAUUCAUUAAGACCUUAAAGAAAGCACACAAAAACCUGAUGGAAGUGAAUUUCAAAAGUGAGUCCCCAGAAACAGUAGAAGUAGUGAAAAGAACAGCUACAUAUGAGGUCACCACAGCUCUCAGCUCCUUCUUGAAGUACCUCAGAGAAACAGACCAGCCAGACAUGCAGCUGCUGCUACUCUCCAUUGCAGCUGGUGCAGGUUAUCAAUUGGUAAACAGUGUUUUUCAGCAUCUUCUGGGGUGUGAUGAGUUAAACUUCCUCUUGGAUCAAAUGCAAAGUAACCAACACAAAUACCAAGAGCUUAAGAAUAUUUGCAAUUACAGAGCCCAGGCAUUCCUGGUACUCACAUCUCUAAGAGCCACAGUUGAAAUCACAGAUAUUUCUACAGAAGAGAAAAGUCAGCGUUUGACAUUGAUAAAACAACAUAUGGGGAAAUUGUUGUCUGAAGAAGUUGUACAUGUUCUCACAAAACAUGGAGCACAUCAUGACUGGGAAACUCUGGAGAAUGAUUUAAGAUUGCUCAUUGAUGGGGAGUAUAAAGCCACCACCCCUUCUUUACAAAUGGAUGAGGUAAAAAAACAAUUGCAAAGUCUCUACCAUGAAAAGAAACAGACUUAUAAACAACAAAGUAAUGAAAACAACACAAAGGAAAUGAUAGAAAAUGGACCUUUCCUAGACUUGCUCCAACGUCUAGGUCUAGACCAUUACUAUCCAAAAAGGAUGAGCAGAGCUGACUUCCACCUGAUCUAUAAGACCUCUGUGUACAAUUCACAGCCAAGAUCUGAAAAGGAGCUUCCAUUCUAUUUUCUACAAAAGCUACUGAUGUUGGAUUAUGGGUUGAGACAUCUUGUCUUCAAAGAUGAUGAAAACAUAAAAAAACAGAUCUCCGUCGGCUGCUCCAAUCAAGAAAAUGAAGAUUUUGAUCCAUAUGAAGAUGUCAUUAAAGGCAAUGACAGUCUUAGCUAUCCUUCAGUCACUGAGUCCUGGUCCCACAUUCAUCCAAUGGAUAUCCAGAUGGCUAUUUUACACUGUGCAGAUUAUCUUGCCAGGCAAUAUAUUUUGUCGAAACUUUCUAUUUGUCAAUAUGCCCUCCCCCUUGUGGUGCCAAAUCCUAAUUCUUCUCAAAUCGAAUUCUUUCUCUGGUCUCUCAGACAAAUUAGGAGGAGUUGGCAAGAAUCAAGUGCGUCACCACAGGACAAAAGCUACAGUCACAAGAAUCAGCAGAUGUGUAGUGUCUCUACCCCCCUUGUGUCCUUCAUUAGAGUUGGAAAUGGCCUCUCUGCUUCCAAAUCUCAGAUCAUGAACUCUCUCCUCAGUAAACGUAAGCAUGAUGUGUUUUUUCACAGACACUGCAGAGGAAGCAGCAAACACUGUCUCUUGAUGGAGGGAGUGGUAGAAAUCUGCUGGUUCUGUCCUGGAGGCCUUGAUGAUGACUUAUUUGACAAGUGUCUGACCUUCACCAAUCUUCAUGGAGAUGCUAAGGAACAUAGACAACAACUCAGCUUCCUGCAAGAUGUCUCUUCUCUUAUUGUGAUCCUCAUGUCAGCUUCUGAUAACAAUAAAGAAAAUCAAAAGCUAGUCAGACACCUCUGUCAGUCAUCAACACCUUUGAUCUGCUUGAUUGAUGACAAAGAAAAGGCCGUAGCAAAUAAUUCUGGUAAAAGAAUGAGAAUUGGCAUCAAGAAUAGAAAUGAAGCAGAAUUAACAGAGGAGCUCACCAAUGCCAUCAAACUUUUGCUAGAGUUCUCUAAUACUGCUCUCAGUUUGAAUGACUGUUCAAAGACAGCUAGAAAACAAGGAUUCCUUGUUGAUGAAGACCAGAGAGACUGCAAGGAAGCCAAAGAAAAGGCACAGACUAUAAUGGCCCUCCUGGAGGAAUACAAGUUAUCUCAGACAAAAGAAAAUUUACUACCCCUUCAAGGACAACUUUGGCACCUUUGGUGUAAGAAAGACAAAGAGUUCUAUCAUCUGAGAGAAAAGGGGAAUCGGAGCAUUGAACAACAUAAGAGUGAAAUUGAAACAGAUAAAAGAAAAAUUCGGCGUCAGCAAUUGGAAAAAGCCUUUCCUCUUAAUGAUUUAAUGCGCUCUGUUCUCGAACUCCUCCAAGACUAUUCAGAAACCCAUCACAAACUCUAUUUUUUGCAAUGGCUGACUCUGUUUUUUGACAACCUGACUAUAGAACACCUGGGAAAGUUACAUGAAAAGCAGGGUUUUUUGUGGUUAAUGGUACAAAGAGAAAAGCAAAGAGCACAGAAAAGCAACUCCCUGACUCACUGGCAGAAGCAGAUAGAAGCCAUCUCCACAGAGAUUCAGGACUGUACUUUAGGAAUUGAGCACCUUCUCCGAGAAGCUGGCCAGAUCUAUGAAGCUCUGGAAGAAACUUCCUCCUCUAGAGAUAGCUUUUUUCUCUGCCUCCCGCAAAUUGCUGCAGACCUGAUGAUAGCUGGUGUUCCCAUUGAGCUAAUGGAUGGAGAUGCUUCAUACGUGCCUCUAAAGUGGGUAGCAGCUAUUUUUGACAAAAUCUCAGAGAAAGUUGGAGACAAAAGGCUGUUUGUUCUCUCUGUCCUUGGCCUGCAGAGCUCAGGGAAAUCUACCCUGCUGAAUGCCCUGUUUGGGCUGCAGUUCACAGUCAGUGCAGGCAGGUGUACCAAGGGGGCCUACAUGCAACUCCUAAAGGUGGAAGAGAAAUUCACAGAAGAACUUGGCUUUAAUUUUGUGCUUGUUGUAGACACAGAAGGACUUCGGGCUCCAGAACUCAACAAUAAAUCUCAUAAUUGGGACCAUGAGUUGGCAACAUUAGUCAUUGGCCUUGGAAACCUGACUCUGAUCAAUAUUUUUGGGGAGAAUCCAUCAGAGAUUCAGGACAUCUUACAAAUAGCUGUUCAAGCAUUUCUGAGAAUGAAACAAGUAAAAAUCUCCCCGAGUUGCUUCUUUGUCCAUCAGAAUGUGGGAGAAGUUACAGCAAAAGACCAGACUAUGGAAGGACGAAGGAGACUGGAACAGAGACUGGAUGAAAUGACAGCAUUGGCUGCUGAGUUGGAAGAGUGCUCAAACAUAACCCGCUUCAGUGAUGUCAUUAAGUUUGAUGCCAAUAGUCAUGUCUACUACUUUGCUCACCUAUGGGAUGGUAAUCCUCCAAUGGCCCCUCCCAAUCCUCGCUAUAGCUACAAUGUCCAGGAACUAAGGAAUGCAAUUCUUUCGACUGCCCAACAGGAAUCUAGGGGAAGGAUCUUGAAAAUCUCAGAUGUUAAAUUCCGAGUUCAAGAUUUGUGGAAAGCUCUUAUCACUGAAAACUUCAUUUUCAGUUUCAGGAACACCCAAGAGGUCAUAGCCAUGAGCAAACUGGAAAUCAUGUAUAACCACUGGACCUGGGAGCUGAGGAGUCAUGUGUUGGACUUACACAAUCAGCUGACCAAUCAGAUUCAAAAUGGGAUAAUCCUGACACUCACAUCCAAUUUACUAGAGGAACCACUUAGCAAGAAAUAUACAACCAUUAAACAAGAAUUUGACAAGUAUUUUGAAGAAGACCCAGAUAGUGAAAUACUGGUUCAAUGGAAAGCAAAUUUUGAACAUAAACUACUAAUACUUAAGGAUGCGCUUAUUUCAGACACCAGAAGGAAAUGCAAUGAACAUAUUAGUCUUAAAAAAAGCCAAGAAAUACUAGAUAACCAAAAGUCACAAUAUGAAAAUGAAUUGUUAGAGAAGAGCCAAAAGUUAGCUUUAAGUCUGAAGGGUAAGGAAUUAAGUGACGAUGAGUUGCAUGAGACAUUCAAUAAACUUUGGACAAAAUGGAUCUACAGUGUAUCUUCAAAUGUUCCUUGUGUCACAGAGCCUAACAUUGAUUUGGAUUCUGAAAAUAUCCUUCUUGAAUAUUUCAAGAAGGACAAAAAUAUUGCAGAAAGACUAAAAAUAAAGUCUGGAGAACCAUUUGAAAUCAUGUAUGAGAAACAUAUCCAAAUGAAAAAAAAAUAUCAUAUAAUUACAAAGAGUUUAGAAGCCCAUCAUAAAGAAUCCAUCAAUAAGACUACUAACAACAUUCAUUUAAAAUUUAGUGAAACAAUUAAAAAUAUUUGGAAACAAAAGCGUGAUUACAGUCAGAAUUACUUUCAUGAAAUUCUUAGGAUCAUAGAAAAUGAGCUGAAAUCUGAACUCUGUGAGGACUACACAUUGACCAGAGACUACAACAUUGACUUAUCCUUGUACUUAUUUCAAAGAGCAUCCAAGAGUUUCAAGGAAAUGCAUGAGGCAUUCAAGAGUGCGAAUGACCCUGUGAACUAUCUGGAGAGAAAGAAAGAUGAUUUCUUUAUGAGUUUUAAGAUCUCCUGCCAAGGUGCCACCUCUAUCACAUCCUUUGUUGACUUCCUAUGGCUCAAGCUCACUCCUGCUAUCUCUGCCACCAUAUGGGAAAUGAUGGGUCCUAAAGUUGCUGGAGACAUGCGAGCCACCUGCCCUGAAUUCAAUGGAAACAGAGCUAACUUGGAGAAACAUAUUCUCUACUCUCUAGCAGAAGAAGAAAAUUUUGAUAAAUACUGGCAAUACCUUCAUCAUCCUGAAUCAUUUUUCAGGCAAUACAUUAGAGAUCACAUUACAAGAUACUGUUCAGAAAAAGAAAGUAAAAAAAUAAAGACUUUUUUAAAAAUAAUUUUAGGUGACAUCAAGAAUACCAUCCUGUCUGCCAUUCAUGAGUCCACAGCAGUAGCUAAAAAUAAAGGCAGCACUGCAUCUGGCUGGCUGGAUUUGUUCUGUGACCAUCUAGGGAGCAAUCUGAUCUUCCCAAGAAGAGACCUGGUAAGCAUCGAGCACCAGGAGAUAACAGAUAUUGAGUUUCUCAAAGAAGCCAUGAGCACAGCUUUAGAUCCUGCAAUGAGGAAAGUAGAAGAGGACUGCUCAAGUAAGCCCAUGAAUGAAAUGAUCUCUGACAUUGAGAAAAUUCUCUCUGAACAUCUGUGUGGCUGCUGGAAACAGUGUCCUUUUUGUAAUGCAAUUUGUACAAACACCAUUCCUCAGCAUGAUGGAGACCACAGUGUGCCAUUCCACCGUCCUCAGGCUGUCCGUGGUUGGCACUGGCAUAACACAGACCAAUUUGUAAUUGAUUGCUGUACCAGUUCAGUAGCAAGUGAUUAUUCAUUUCGUUUAGAUGGUGGCUCCAAGUGGUACCCAUACAAGAAAUAUCGAGAUGUAGGAGGUGAUUUUGCCACAUGGAGCAUCACCCCAGACUCAUCUACCCAGCCAUAUUGGAAAUGGUUUGUCUGUCAUUUCAGAUCAAAUCUAGAAGUGAAGUAUGGCAAAAAAUUUACAAACAUAGGUAGUAUUCCAGGUUUAUGGACCAAAAUCACAAAGCAAGAUGUCCUAGAUGACUUAAACAAAUAUUAAUUGCCACAAACAGAACACUUGACAGGCCACAGUAAUUUUGCUUUAACCAAGGGAGCUUAAUGGAGAACACCAUGCAGGAAGAGCUGCAGUGGGAAGAUGUGCUUCCUUGAGAUGACUCACUCUAUUGGGCAAUUUUCCUGCAGAUCAAUAUGAAGACAAACUUUCAUAAAAUAAGAUUGUUUCAAUGAAUUAAUGAUUUUAUGGAAUUCCUGAUUUGAUGGAAAUAGUUUUUAGGGAGUUAGAAUAAAUGAUAGAAAGUUUAAGGAAAUGGCUUAAGUUGUUUUGCCAGAUAGAUAUAGUAAGGUUAGAAUUAAGAGCAAAACAUGCUCCCUCCCUUGAAGAAUAGUAAGGGCUGUAUAGGUUAGAAAAGGAGUACAGUGAGCUUUCAUGCAUUGUGAGUAUGUAAUUGUGCUUGGAAGAGAAAAGUUGGCUUGGGACAAGAUAGUGCUCAAAACAUUCAUUCAAGGUUGGGUAUGAGUUCCUGGAUUUUGUGAUCUAAAGAUGUAGUCACAGGUUUUGGUGUACGGAAUAAAAGGACAAGGUAGUGAACAAAGAGUAAAUAAUUCUAUUAUGAGUAUAGAAUAGAGAAUAGGUGAUUAGCCAGUCUAGAUGAACAAGACUUCAAAACUAAGAUGUAAGAUAGAUUAUUUGUUUCUUGGUAAAUACACAUUGGUCAUCAUCGAACCAUAUGGAAAACUUGCUACUGUAGACUUGGCUUGCUUAAAGUUUGUUAAUCAACAACAAAAGAAUUAAGGCUUUGCAGUUACUAUGGAGAAAAGAUAAUUGAAAUAAAGUUAGAUGAGAAAUGUUUAGUUAGGUAUGAGUUUCAAAAGAGGAAUACAUAAUCAAUAAACCUGUUGUAAUUUCCUCUUGUGUGAUGGGUUUUUUUCUGUUUUUGAAGACCAUGGGUUUUAGUGAUUGUUUUUAGAAAUUUGUAACUUGUGGCUAUGAGGUAAUUUUUUUCUUACUUAGAGAACUUUGUCUUAGUUGGUGUUAAAAGGCUAAGAGAAAAAAAAGUUGUUGGGGCUCACUUGUUGGAGCUUGUUUCAUCCACCAAGUAUAUGAGCAGGAGCCUGCUUUACAUCAUCACCAACCCCACGUGCCCUCCUUGGAUCAUUGAUGUAGCUUGUCUUCAACAUCCUAAUAUCAAUUAAUGUUGCAUUAUAAAGGAAAUAAGUAAAAAUAAAUUAGUUUCUAUUACA